AAGUUGUUUAUACCCUAUGAAUUUCUACCCACAUUUAAAUGUUUAAUUAAUUUUUCGCUCAUCCGAAUAAUCUGUAGACCUCAACUAAAAUAACUUUCGACGAUAACAAUGAUUAUUCCGGUGCGCUGUUUUACUUGUGGGAAGGUGAUUGGAAACAAAUGGGAAGCCUACCUUGGAUUACUUCAAGCUGAGUAUACGGAAGGAGACGCUUUGGAUGCCCUUGGUUUGAAGCGAUACUGUUGCCGCCGUAUGUUGCUUGGGCAUGUCGAUCUCAUUGAGAAGUUAUUGAAUUAUGCGCCGUUGGAAAAGUAGAACAUCUUUAUACAUCUGUUUCAUCAUCGGAGAGUAAUGUUGUGAUUUAAUAUUUGCUAAGUAUCCUCAAUAAAAUUACGUUGAAAGAUU